AUGGCCGCUACAGAAUGCAACCUGCCUACUAAGGAGAGGGUUGUUAAAGGUGUACCAUUUCCUCCAACUCAACGGCUGACCCUCUCAGAGGUCAUGGACUCAAAGGGCCGACCGCGACCUGAGGUUCUCAAACAGCAUUUCAUUUUGGAAGGGAGGAUAACAGAAGAGGCAGCCCUAAAAAUUAUAAAUGAGGGUGCGGCCCUGCUCAGACAAGAAAAAACUAUGAUCGAUGUCAGCGCCCCCGUUACCGUCUGUGGCGAUGUGCACGGACAGUUUUAUGAUCUGAUGAAAUUAUUUGAAGUUGGUGGAUCGCCUGCGACGACGAGGUAUUUAUUUCUUGGCGACUAUGUCGACAGAGGCUACUUCAGUAUAGAGUGCAAAAUAAAGUACACAGAGAAAGUUUACGAAGCGUGCAUGGAGUCGUUCGACUGCCUACCGCUAGCCGCCCUCAUGAACCAGCAAUUCCUCUGCGUGCACGGUGGCCUCAGUCCGGAGAUCCACACACUCGAUGACAUCAAGAAGUUGGAUCGAUUCCGUGAGCCCCCCUCUUUCGGCCCGGUGUGCGAUCUGCUCUGGUCGGAUCCGCUCGAUGAGUUCGGCAACGAGAAGACCACCGAACACUUCAGCCACAACAGCGUCAGAGGCUGUUCCUAUUUUUAUAGCUAUGCAGCAUGCUGUGAAUUUCUACAACAGAACAAUCUACUUUCAGUUAUACGAGCUCACGAGGCUCAAGACGCCGGUUACCGCAUGUAUAGAAAAAGCCAGGCCACUGGAUUCCCCUCUCUUAUCACUAUUUUCUCUGCACCGAAUUACCUUGACGUUUAUAAUAAUAAAGCCGCUAUCUUAAAGUAUGAAAACAACGUGAUGAACAUCCGCCAGUUCAACUGCACUCCCCACCCGUACUGGUUGCCCAACUUCAUGGAUGUAUUCACGUGGUCCCUGCCCUUCGUCGGAGAAAAAGUCACGGAGAUGCUGGUUAGUGUCCUCAACAUAUGCUCAGACGCCGAACUCGAAAAUACAGACGAUGCAGACGAAAGUAGUGUAGCAGCUCGCAAAGAGAUCAUUAAGAACAAAAUCCGUGCCAUCGGAAAGAUGGCGAGAGUCUUCCAAGUUUUAAGAGAGGAAAGCGAAAGUGUGCUGCAGCUGAAAGGGCUCACCCCAAAUGGCCUGCUGCCCAUUGGUGCCCUGUCUGGUGGCAAGGAUAGUCUUAAAUUAGCGCUGACUCACAAGAUUAGCGGAUUUGCAGAGGCGAAGUACCUGGACAAGAUGAACGAGAGAAUGCCGCCAUGGAAAACCCCGACACCCAAAUCAUAA